CCUAAAAUUGCCAUCAUAGGCGCUGGACCCAGCGGUUUAACGCUCGCCAACCUCCUCCAGCAACAUAACAUCUUAUUCACCGUUUACGAGUUCGAAACCGUCGCAAAUGAGCGCAACCAAGGCGGUACCCUCGAUCUUCACGCCGAAUCCGGCCAGCUCGCCCUCCGCGAAGCCGGUCUCUACGACGAGUUCAAGAAGUACGCUCGUCCUGAGGGUGAUGCACUCAAAGUCGUCAACCCAGCAGGUACCGUCUUAUGGGAUGACAAUGGAGGCGACGCCCCACUCACUUUCGAGACCGCUGGUCGUCCCGAAAUUGACCGGAUUGAUCUACGGAACCUUCUCUUGAAUUCACUCAAACCAGACGUUGUGCAUUGGGGAAGGAAGCUGCUCCACGUUGAGCAAGGGCAAAGUGAUAACAAAUACGACCUACACUUUGCCGAUGGCAUAGAGAAAGGGUUCGACCUCGUCGUCGGUGCAGAUGGCGCGUGGUCGAAGGUGCGACCAUUUCUUACAGACGUCAAGCCGUUCUACUCGGGCGUAUCCGUCAUCGAGUUGUGGGCGCUCGAUGUGGAGGAACGUUACCCUUGGUUAUCGGCCUUCAUAGGUGCAGGUAGCUGCUUCACAUUUGAUGAGGGGAGAGUUUUGCUUUCGCAGCGGAACGGCAAUGGCAGUAUCCGAGUGUACGCCGGCUUGCGCCAAGACGAGACGUGGACGAAGGACUGCGGGAUUGAUUGGACCAAGCCGGAAAUCGCUCGAAAGGAACUCGUUGAUAGGUAUUACAACGGCUUUCCCGAUGAUUUGAAGAAGAUCAUCUUGGAAAGCAAAGACGAACUCAUUCCUCGCACGCUAUACAUGUUACCCAUCGGCACUCAGUGGAAUGCCCAUCCUGGCGUGACCCUCCUGGGCGAUGCUGCUCAUUUGAUGACACCAUUCGCGGGCGUUGGGGUAAACGUUGCCAUGCUCGACGCCCUCGAGCUUACACGUGCGAUUAUCGCUCAUAAAGACGAGCGAGAGGGAACCUUUGACUUUGCUGCAGCGAUCCAAACUUACCAAUCUUCCAUGUUCAAGCGAGCUAAACGCAACACACAGCAUACGUGGAAUAGGAUGCAACAGAGCUUUAGCCGCGGGGGCAGCGAGGCUAUG